AUGCGGCGGUUCGUCUCCACAACUAGGGAGCCGCCGGGUAACUGGACGCGGAGGCACGACGAGAGGUACUUCCACUACUCCUUGGGGCUGCAGGCGGUGGUGAUGGCCCUGGGGGCCUGCGACGAGGUGAGCCUGUUCGGGUUCGGGAAGGCGGCGGGAGCCAAGCACCAUUACCACACCAACCAGAAGAAGGAGCUCGACCUGCACGACUACGAGGCCGAGUACCAGUUCUACCGCGACCUCCAGGCGCGGCCGGAGGCUGUGCCAUUCCUCGACGAGGCGCCGGGCUUCAAGAUGCCGCCAGUGAAGCUCUAUUGGUGA